UGGUUGCGUUGGAGAGGCGGGACCAACCCCUGCGGCGGAUUUCCUGCUGUUCCCCUGCUUUUCUCUCCCCUUCUGCUUCGCGCAUUCAGACAUUAUUUAGGGGCAUUAAUAUCCCGUUCCCGGGGUACACAUACAUUGCCGCCCCUUGAUUCCAGCCUCUCCCCCGGCUUUCUACCAUCUUGACGGCGCUUUCCCUCUCCCAGGUGUAGGAUAGCUGCCCCCGCCCAAGCUCAUCUGAUUAGCUCAGCUCCAGGGUGGGAAGGGACCGCACACAUCAGGGAAGAUGCCGGCCGUGUCAAAGGGAGACGGGAUGCGGGGGCUGGCCGUGUUCAUCUCGGACAUCAGGAACUGUAAAAGUAAAGAAGCAGAAAUUAAAAGAAUCAACAAGGAAUUAGCUAAUAUCAGAUCGAAGUUUAAGGGUGACAAAGCGCUCGAUGGCUACAGUAAGAAGAAAUACGUCUGUAAGCUGCUCUUUAUCUUCCUGCUGGGACAUGAUAUCGACUUUGGGCAUAUGGAAGCUGUGAACUUGCUGAGCUCCAAUAAAUACACAGAGAAACAGAUUGGCUACCUUUUCAUCUCCGUUCUUGUGAACUCCAACAGCGAACUCAUUCGCCUCAUUAACAAUGCCAUUAAAAACGACCUGGCCAGCCGGAACCCUACUUUUAUGUGCCUGGCCCUGCACUGCAUUGCAAAUGUGGGGAGCAGAGAAAUGGCCGAAGCGUUUGCCUCUGAGAUACCAAGGAUUCUGGUAGCAGGGGACACCAUGGACAGUGUAAAGCAGAGUGCGGCCCUUUGCUUACUGAGGUUAUACAAAACUUCCCCAGACCUUGUACCUAUGGGGGAAUGGACAUCGCGAGUCGUUCACCUUCUAAAUGAUCAACACAUGGGAGUGGUGACAGCCGCUGUCAGUCUGAUCACCUGCCUCUGUCGCAAAAACCCAGAUGACUUCAAGACCUGCGUCUCACUGGCGGUAUCACGUCUAAGCCGGAUUGUCUCAUCAGCCUCCACAGACCUGCAGGACUAUACAUAUUACUUUGUGCCGGCUCCCUGGCUCUCUGUAAAACUGCUGCGCCUUCUCCAGUGCUACCCACCUCCAGAGGAUGCUGCUGUGAAGGGGCGCCUGGUGGAGUGUCUUGAAACUAUCCUAAACAAAGCACAGGAGCCUCCCAAAUCAAAGAAAGUGCAACAUUCCAAUGCAAAAAAUGCGAUACUGUUUGAGGCCAUUAGCCUAAUUAUUCACUAUGACAGUGAACCUAAUUUACUGGUGAGAGCCUGCAACCAGCUGGGCCAGUUCCUGCAGCACCGUGAGACCAACCUCCGGUACCUUGCAUUGGAGAGUAUGUGCACUCUGGCCAGUUCUGAAUUCUCACAUGAGGCUGUCAAAACCCAUAUUGAAACAGUCAUCAAUGCCCUAAAGACGGAGCGAGAUGUCAGCGUUCGGCAGAGAGCGGCAGAUCUCCUUUAUGCCAUGUGUGACCGUACAAACGCUAAACAGAUUGUGUCUGAAAUGCUUAGUUACCUGGAAACAGCCGACUACUCAAUUCGGGAAGAAAUUGUACUGAAAGUUGCCAUCUUGGCUGAGAAAUAUGCUGUGGACUACAGCUGGUACGUGGACACGAUCCUGAAUCUGAUCCGUAUAGCUGGAGACUAUGUCAGUGAAGAGGUCUGGUACCGUGUCAUCCAGAUCGUCAUCAACCGUGAUGAUGUACAAGGCUAUGCUGCCAAAACUGUGUUUGAGGCUCUACAAGCACCUGCUUGCCAUGAAAACAUGGUGAAGGUGGGAGGUUAUAUCCUGGGCGAGUUUGGGAACCUUAUUGCUGGAGAUCCUAGAUCCAGUCCCCUUGUGCAGUUCAACCUGCUUCACUCCAAGUUCCACCUGUGCAGCGUAUCCACCCGGGCCCUCCUCCUCUCCACCUACAUCAAAUUCAUAAACCUCUUCCCUGAGACCAAGACUACCAUUCAAGAUGUGCUGCGCUCUGACAGUCAGAUCAGAAAUGCCGACGUGGAGCUGCAGCAAAGGGCCGUGGAGUAUCUGAAACUCAGCUCCAUCGCCAGUACGGACGUGCUUGCAACAGUGUUGGAGGAGAUGCCCCCCUUCCCAGAACGGGAAUCGUCCAUCCUGGCAAAACUAAAGAAGAAGAAGGGACCAGGAGCUGUCAGCGACUUAGAAGAAGGCAAGAAAGAUCAGAACUCUGAAAUCAAUGGAGGGGUGGAACCGACCCCAAGUACUGCUUCCACUCCUUCUCCAUCUGCUGAUCUCCUUGGGCUGCGAUCCGCCGCGGUCACAGGCUCGGCAGCACCUAGCGCCGGCAGCUUAUUGGUCGAUGUAUUCUCAGACAGCCCUACAUCUUCGGUCCCCGUAGCCCCAGGAGCUGAAGAGAACUUCCUCAGGUUUGUGUGCAAGAAUAAUGGAGUCCUGUUUGAAAACCAACUCUUGCAGAUUGGCGUGAAAUCAGAAUUCCGCCAGAACUUGGGGCGCAUGUAUCUCUUCUAUGGAAACAAAACAUCUGUACAGUUCCAGAGCUUUACACCAACAGUUAACUAUCCAGGAGAACUGCAGAGCCAGGUUAACAUCCAGACUAAACCAGUAGACCCAGUGGUAGAAGGGGGCGCACAGGUACAGCAGGUGUUGAACAUUGAGUGCUUGUCUGAUUUUGACGAAGCCCCUCUCAUUAAUAUUAAAUUCAGGUACGGAGGGACGUUACAGAACAUCACCUUGAAAUUGCCAAUUACCGUAAACAAGUUCUUCCAGGCUACGGAAAUGCCAUCCCAGGACUUCUUCCAGCGCUGGAAGCAGCUCAGUCUCCCACAGCAAGAAGCACAGAAGAUUUUUAAAGCCAACCACCCCAUGGACUCAGAAGUCACUAAAGCAAAGCUGCUAGGAUUUGGCACGGCGCUGUUAGAUAAAGUAGAUCCUAAUCCAGACAACUACGUGGGAGCUGGUAUCGUCCAAACAAAAUCCAUCCAGGUGGGCUGCCUGCUGCGCCUGGAACCCAACAUCCAAGCCCAGAUGUACCGUCUUACAUUGAGAACCAGCAAAGAAGCUGUAUCCAAGCACCUGUGUGAACUCUUGUCCAAGCAGUUUUAAGCCAAGCAGACGGUGUCCCCUGAAGGCAGUAAAGGAAAACUAAACACUACAUGGAGGGUGCGCCAUGCAUCAAGCAGUUGUGUGAGUCUGUGUGCAUGCGACGGCAAGGGUGGGCCUCCCGGUGCCACGUCUAUGCAGUUUGUCUCAUUGUAAGUGUGUGUGUUUACUGCGUCCAGUGAAAAUCCAAGAGACUUAGAACUUGUACCAGAAACAAGAAAAAGCCUAACUAUUAAUAUUCUUAUUGUGAUAAGAUGUGUGAUUGUUUUGUUGUUCAUGCUGUGACUGGGGCUCAUGAGGCAACGCUUCCCCUUUACUUCCCCCCCACAGCCUGCAUAGAGGGUACCCCUCUUUCACGCUGUCUCUGGUUCCCUUCUAGAUAAGGAAUCAUAAGUCUGAGCAUGCUGGCCAAAAAUCCCUAUCACUUUCUCACCUAAUGGAAAUGCUGCUUUUUUUUCAUAAAAAAUAACUCUACAGUCAGAAUUGUAAUGGAUUCUGCAAUGGGAAUAUGAAGGGACACAUGAUCUGCUUCUGGGCAUCUCUCCCCACUGAUGUCCAUUUACUGGUAGUUGGCACCAAAGAGUGCCCCAAAGGGAACAUAUCAGCAAAACAAAGGUAAACCUGUAUAAGAAGCUAUUCAGUAGCAGUCCUCAAGGGGGCAGCGCAGGCCAGGAAACAAGGAGUUCUUCCUUGAACACAGAUGAAGGAAUUCAGUCCGCCGAGGCUUAUUGUGGCCUUGAUAUCUGAUGUGACCCGCCUCCUACGUCAGUGUUGCGCAGUGAAAAGAUUGCUUUAUUCGCCAAUAGGAUUACAUGCACCCUAGCCCCUACAGGUAAUUGCAGUCAUUUACAAACACAACUGCACCCCAAUACUAAGCGGGGUCAUCACCUUUACAAAAUGAAAGGAUUUUUUUCAACUUUUGUAGAUUAUUUUACCUUUAAAGGAGCAGUAUCAUCUCAGAUCUGUACUUUUUUUUUAUUGUUAAAUAUGCUACGUAUCUGUAAGAGCUUACAGUCCUGCAGAGGAUUGGUCAUAUGACUGAUAUAUGUAGGUAUGGCCCAAUGAGCUACUUUCCUGUUGGGACCCAUAUGCCACCAAGCUCCAACCACAUAUGGAGAACAGCUUAUUAUGUACCCAUACACAGGCCAAUAAGCUGCCAUGUAGGCUCCAAUGCCCCAUAAACAGUGGGGGCCCUGCUGGUUGCCAUCUCUUGUGCCACGCUGGCCAACAUUACUGCACAUAAACUUGCCCAAAGAGUGAUGCCUAGGUUAAAAAGUAUCCAGCAAAUAGAAAGAUUUGCACAGUUAAACAUCCCUGCCAUGUCCUAGUGUUACUGCUCCGGGGACCCUUAGUUGGGCCGCUAUAUCCCAGCAUAUUUUUAUGUUAUUAAUCAGAAAUCAUAAGGAGAGUGCUAGCUGGGUAGUCCACCUGCCCUUGCCGUGCCCCUGAAUAAAGUUAAAUUAUUCUCCUAUUAGCUUCUUUUGGUGAAAUUAUAACACAAAAGGGAGUCUAUGGGAGUCGCUAGCCCGCCAGAAAGACAAUAGCUGCUUAGGCAAGACUGCAAGCUGAGCCCAAUAACACCUUCAGCUCUGGGAAAUAAAAGGAAAAUAAAUAUACACUUGCCUCAUAGGGAAGUAGUAGUGGCCCAUUCCUGCCUGUUGCCCCCCAGAGACAAAGGAUCUGCCUAUGCUGCGUGCCCUUGGCCUGCCCGCUGGAACCCACCCCUUGUCAUGUGUUUGUGUGCCAGUGUUAUUGUGCUGUUCUAUCCAAGCAUUCCAUGUCUGGGGGGUGUCUGCCACUCUCACUUUGUACCUCGUUGGAUCAUUCCAUGCACUUGUCGUCCCCCCCCCCCCCCCCCCCCCGGCCCUUCUCUCUUUCCCAUACGCAUUGCUCUUAGGCCUCGCUCUGCUUUUGGCAAGGGGCGCCAUUUACUAAACUGCCCACUAAAUCAAACCCUCCAAUCUAAGUCCAUUACGGACGUCCUACAUCCUUUCCCAUAUGCAACUAUAACUCUCAACAUCCCAGAAGUGCAGUGCUGGGAGUUAUAGUUAAAUGAUACUGAGUGGAGCUUAGGUUCCACCUUUUAACCAGAAUCGAGCCAUCACUUUCCCCCUUCGGGAGAUGCUUGACCUGCCUUGCAGAUAUCAUGCCUAUAUAUAUAUGUUUUUUGUUUUUUUUUAACAUUUACAGAUUUAUUGGGCCUGUAAUUGCCAUAGUCAUAUUUUUUUUUAUUUGUUUGGGACGGUAGGUUGCCUUCCUGCCUUUGUAUAUAGGUAUAUAUAAAUAUAUAAAAUAUUCUAUAAAUGUUAAUGCGUAAUCGAGAGGUACAUAGAUACACAGUGAAUGCAUCACUAGGGACUCUAGGCCACCUUAGAGCUCCCGUCGUCAUCUCUGAAUUCUAUCAUUGAAUAUUAGCAGCCCAGUACAGCAGUCCCUCCUUCCCCGCCGUCUCUCACACUCUCGCUCUCUCCCCCGCUGUCUCUCACACUCGCACUCAUCUCACUGCAGUACCCAACUCUCAGCUCUAGGUGGCGCUGUGCAGCUCCAUGCACAUACAGCACUAAGCCUACAGAGCAUCACGUUUUAACCCCUUUGCUGCCAUCAUUACCCAUGGCGGUUCCAUUUGUGAGUUCCCAGAGUCAAGUGCGCACAAUAUGCAAUGAGACUGAGCGUUGUUUUGUCCAUUCUUCCCUAUCAGAGGUUGUUGUUAUUGCGUGGGGCGGUCUGAUGAUUGUAGCACUAUUGAAGUCAUUGUUAUGAAGGGGGUAACUUCUAUUUUAUAGCUUAUUUUUGUGUAUCCUUGGUUUUAAUGGCAUUUGUCUUCGUUCUGGAGUGAGGUCCUCGCUGGUGCUGGGUAUUUUGUGUAGUGCACUGCUAAAGUCCAUGUGAGAGGGAGUGGGUGAGUGAGUGGAAUAAUCCAUUGAUGGGUUGGGUGGGGGGGUGGCACGGGCCCCAGCGGCGGCGGCUGCCUGACCACAAUUCCCCAGGAUUAUAGCUGAGCAGAAGCCCGGACGCCUCCGUUCCACCAUUGGUGGCUUGUCUCGUAGCUUGGCGCGUUGUGUAUCAUAUUAGACUUACGUAUUUUCUAUCUGUGUAUUUUAUAAACUGUAUCAUUCCCACCAAAAGUCCUGGAAUAAAAAAA